UGUCUACUCUUGUAGGCUUCGUGAAGUUGUCAAUGCCAUCGGCGCUACGCAAGCAAUUACUCAAGCCAACCCCAUGUCCACCAUGUGGGUCGAAUCAUGGCUUCCCAACGGCCAAACGACCUGGGUUGAAGUCAUUUACUCGCAGACCUUUGCCAGCGUUCCGGAUCAAGCCCCAACGCCAUCAAGCGGACAGGUUGGACUCGGCACCCACACUGGCAAGAUAGGCGUAUACAAGACGGACAAGGAACGGAAAAACGCUGCUGGAUCAUUAAUGGUCAGCCCUGGAACUGUGUGGUCGGCCGCAAUCGGAACAGGAGCAAUGGUCGCUGGAGCUGCGUUCAUGCUGUGGUAAUCUUUCCCAUGAUCGUCACCACAGCAGAAUCUAUCCCUCUCUUCUUAUCGCUCGGAAGAUGAAGACCAUUUCCCUCUUAGGCCCUUUGCAGUGUUUACUUCAAUGGACUCUUGAAGAGUUCCAUGCCGAUUAGUGUUCCCAUUCCUUAUCUCUUUCCUUCG